AGAAGGAGGUAUGCUUUCUGUGGCAUGUCUUGUAGGUUCAAUAAACUACUUAGUGGCUUCGACGUUUGUUCACUUGGAGUAUACAAUGCCCUUUACAUUUUCAGUCUACUCCAGAAAAGUAUUGGACUUAAACUACGAGUACAUAAAGAAAAACCUACUCCUUGUUAUAUUGGAUAGAUCAGAAGUGCCUAGAUUGUUAGUGGCCCAUCUCCAUAGUCUCCAAAAGCUAUGUCUUCACAAGUAUAUUACUGCCCAUAUGCUCAAGUAUUUCUCAAAAUCCAAGUAUUUGCAGCCAAAAAAACCCCACAGGAACUCUGUUGUUGGCACUCAACAAAGUGCACCCUACUAUUCAGGAAUAAUGUCUAAAAUCCAUGCUAUCAACCUAAUUGACCCCAACAGCAUUGAAUUAUCCAUGGAAUAAAGCUGCAGAAAUUGCGUGUACC